AUGCUCUUCGUCAAUUUUACCCGAAAGGGCCUUCUCUUUAGCAAACUACCUGAUGUGGAUGAUCCACAAAACUUCAUGGCAACUCUCUUGGACGGAUUCAAGGAUUCCCUCGCUCUCACACUCGACCAUUUCUAUCCACAUGCAGGCCACCUUGUAACAAAGAAGGAGGAUAGUUCCCCCUCUUACAUGGUAUUUGCAGAUUGUAACGACAGUCCUGGAGCGCAAUUCAUCUACGCGGCUGCAGACAUGACAAUAUCUAACAUCCUUUCAUCGAUUUAUGUACCCCAAAUUCUCCAAUCAUUCUUUGAUCAUGAUAGGGUGAUUAACCACGAUGGUCACACCUUGUCUUUGCUAUCAAUUCAAGUCACAGGGCUUGUGGAUGGCAUCUUCAUUGGAUACUCCACAAAUCACAGCAUGGAGCCUCUUUCUGGCAUUUCUUCAACGCAUGGUCUGAGGUAUUCAUAA